CCCCGCCCCGCCCUCGAGGAGGAGGAGGAGGAGGAAGAUGGCGGCGCUUGGCCCCCUCGGCGGAGGAAGCGGCAGCGGCGGGGCGCAGCUCUCCGCCGGGACCCCCCUCUACGAGACGUAUUACAAACAGGUGGACCCAGCCUGCACGGGCCGGAUCGGGGCCGGCGAGGCCGCCCUCUUCCUCAAGAAGUCGGGUCUGGCCGACGUCAUUCUGGGGAAGAUCUGGGAUCUGGCCGACCCGGAGGGCAAAGGCUUCCUGGACAAACAGGGCUUCUUCGUGGCGCUGCGGCUGGUGGCCUGCGCGCAGAACGGGCACGACGUCACCCUCACCAACCUCACCCUGGCGCUGCCUCCGCCAAAAUUCCCCGACAGCACCAGCCCCCUGCUGAUCUCCUCCUCCUCGGACGCUCACUGGGCCGUCAGGAUGGAGGAAAAGGCCAAGUUUGACGGCAUCUUUGAGAGCCUCCUGCCCGUCAACGGCUUGCUCUCGGGGGACAAAGUGAAGCCGGUCCUCAUGAACUCCAAGCUGCCUCUCGAUAUCUUGGGAAGGGUCUGGGAUCUCAGCGACAUCGACAAGGACGGCCACCUCGACCGAGACGAGUUUGCCGUGGCGAUGCACUUGGUCUACCGUGCGCUGGAGAAGGAGCCCGUUCCGCCCGCCUUGCCCCCGCCCCUGGUGCCCCCCUCCAAGCGGAAGAAGGCGCCCUCCCUCCCCGGGGCCGUGCCCGUCCUGCCGGCCAGCCCCCCGCCCAAAGACAGCCUGCGCUCCACCCCUUCGCACGGCAGCGUCACCAGCCUCAACAGCACCGGCAGCCUCUCGCCCAAGCACAGCCUCAAGCAGGCGCAGCAGCCGCCUGCGUCCUGGGUGGUCCCCCUGACCGACAAGCUCCGCUACGACGAGAUCUUCCUGAAGACAGACCUGGACUUGGACGGCUUCGUCAGCGGCCUGGAGGUUAAGGACAUCUUUAUGCACUCGGGGCUGUCUCAGAACAUCCUGGCGCACAUCUGGGCCUUGGCGGACACGAGGCAGAUGGGGAAACUGAACAAGGACCAGUUUGCCCUAGCCAUGCACCUCAUCCAGCAGAAAGUGAGCAAGGGCAUCGACCCCCCGCAGGUCCUGCUGCCGGACAUGAUCCCCCCGUCGGAGAGGACCGCACCUGCCCAGACCAUCCCCGGCUACUUGGCUUCCGUGGGAACCGAGGUCUCAACACUGGCGGAAAUGCGUCGUGACAGCUCCAGUUCCGUCGGCUCCGGGGGCGAAUUCACCGGCAUGAAGGAGCUGGAUGACAUCGGCCAGGAGAUCGCCCAGUUGCAGAGAGAGAAGUAUUCCCUCGAGCAAGAGAUCCGAGAGAGGGAAGGAGCGAUUCGGCAGAAGACCAAUGAAGUACAGGAGCUUCAGAACGACCUGGACCGGGAGACCAGCAGCCUGCAGGAGCUGGAGGCGCAGAAGCAGGAGGCUCAGGGCCGCCUGGACGAGAUGGAGCAGCAGAAGGCCAAGCUGAAGGACAUGCUGAGCGACGUCCGGCAGAAGUGCCAGGAGGAGACCCACGUGAUCUCGUCGCUGAAGAUGCAGAUCCAGUCUCAGGAGUCGGACCUGAGAUCCCAGGAGAACGACAUCAGUCGGGCAAAGUCGGAGCUCAGCCGGCUGCAGCAGGAGGAGUCCCAGCUGGAGCAGAGCAUUCAGGCCGGAAAAGUCCAGCUGGAAACCAUCAUCAAGUCUCUGAAGUCCACCCAGGAGGAAAUCAACCAGGCGAGGAGCAAGCUGUCCCGCUUGCAAGAGAGCCAGCAGGAAGCCCACCGGGGCAUCGACCAGUACAAUGAAGCCCUGAACGGGGUGCUUGGCGGCAGCAUGACCAACCUAGCGGAUCUGAACGAGGGGAACCCGCAGAAGGAGCGGGGCGGCAGGUUCGGGACCCUGGACGACCCGUUCAAGAACAAGGCCCUCCUGUUCAGCGGCCACACGCAGGAGCUUCCUGCGGACCCUUUCCAGGCGGAAGACCCCUUUAGGACGGACCCCUUCAAGGGCGCAGACCCCUUCAGAGGCAGUGACCCCUUUCAGAACGACCCCUUUGCGGAGCAGGCCCCCGUGGUUGCGGCGGCGGUGGUGCCAGAUCCCUUCGGCGGAGAUCCGUUUAAGGAAAGCGAUCCCUUCCGCGCCGCAGCGGCGCCCGACGAUUUCUUCAGGAAGCCCGAGGAGAGCGAUCCGUUCACCGCCGACCCCUUCUCCAAAAACCCCACGCUGCCCUCCAAGGCGAACUUAUUUGAAAACAGCGACCCCUUCCAGUCUCCGAGUGUCGUCGCCACCGCUCUGAAAGGGCCAGAUCCUUUUGGAACGCUAGAUCCCUUUGGGAGCAGCAGUUUCAACAGCGGUGGCAGCGGCACCGAAGGCUUCGCCGAUUUCAGCCGGAUGUCGAAGCCGCCGGCUUCCGACCCGUUCUCGGCCUCCUCUUUCGGGGGCUUCCCGGACGACCCCUUUAAGGGCAAGCUAGACACCCCCGCCCUCCCUCCGAAGAAAGGCUUGCCUCCCAGGCCCAAACCGCCCAGUGGUAAAUCUCCUCCUGUCAUCCAUGUCGGCUCUUCCGAUUUUGACAAGCCCCCCGACCUGUUUCGGCCGUUCGGGGCUGACACCAGCGACCCCUUUCACAGUAGAAAGGGGUUUGGGGACCUUUUUAGGGGGAGAGACGGAUUUUCUCCCCCCUCGGCAGGCAAAGCUCCCAAGAACCCUUCCUCCACGGGAUUUGCUGACUUCACCUCUCUUGGCAAUGAGGAGCAGCAACUCGCCUGGGCAAAGCGAGAGAGCGAGAAGGCGGAGGAGGAGCGCCUGGCGCGGCUGAGGCGGCAAGAGCAGGAGGACCUCGAGCUGGCCAUCGCCCUCAGCAAAGCGGACAUGCCCGCCUCCUAGGGGGCUCUGGGGGGGGCUUCCCUCUCCUCCCCCUUCCGCCGCUCCCUAGACCACCGUCUCCGAUCCGCCGACCCCGGUCUCCGUUCUUUCGACGCGGCGAAGCGAACCGCCUCUCCGUGGCGCCGCAUCCGGCGCAGGGAAGCCCCUCUCUGCGGGGAAAAGGACGCGGGACUCGCACGAGGAUGCCGUCUCCUUGCACAGAUGGACAGGUGGGGGGCUGCCCCCUGAGAAGCUGCUCCCCCACCCCCUGGUGAACUCAGCUGGCCGUUCCCCCCCCCCAUUCCUUUUAAUUUUUGCCCUCUGCCCGCCGGAAAAUACCCUGGACCUCUCGCUCUUCGAAACCUCCCAUGGGGGGGGCUUGGGUGUUGCUCAGCUGUGCCAGCCUUGGGGUGGGCAUAGGGCAGGGGGGUGGGGAAAGAAGACGGCCCCCUCUGCCUUUUUCCCCCUUUGUUUGCAGCGCUCUCAAUGUGGAUUACUUUGCACCCCCUUUUCUCUCCCCCCACCCAAAACCCCCCAGGCGCCCCGAUUCCUAACGCUCUCUUUGAUCGCCCAGGAAAACCCCACUGCUAACGGCCCCCGCCCCCCCGGCAGCCUCGAACGUUCGGUUAACCAACGCCGAUUCAUACCGAAACCGGGGGAACUUAAAAUACGUUGCGGCCUCGAAGGGCAGGUCGGUGUGUUUAUCUCUCUCUUUCUCUGUAUUUCUGCCUGAAAAACAUCCUGGAAAGUCUCGAGAAAAAUCACUGGGGAGGCCAAGCAGCGUCUUCUGAGCCGUGGGGCAAGAGGGGGGUCUCCGUUCCGGAGUGAGGGGGGCAACACAGGCGAGAGCAGGGGGCAAAUUCAGGGCUGCAAGCGGGUUCCUUUUGGGCACGUGGGUGGGGGUCCGAGUGGCGCGUUGGGGGGCCUUGUGCACCCCCUGGGACGGCUGCUCCUCCUGCAAUAGGGGCAUCUCCCCCUUGAAGGGGUUCCUUCUCCCCCAGGCCAGGAAAACCUCCGGAUUCCCAGCCUCUGUGCAGAGAUGGGACCCCCUAAAUUCUGCCCCCUUGCCCUCCCCAGAACAGCUUUUCCUCCUUCCAGAAGGCCGGCCCUCCUUCCACCUUCUCCAGGGGCCUCUUGACCCCGGUGCCUUUGCCCUGGGGGGGCUGAGGGCUCCCCACCGCCCUUCCCCACCCAUUGCGGGUGGGGUGGGGGCUUCUCUUGCCCUCCCACCCCCUCUCCGAGGCGCCCGUUCCCCCUACGGCUGUGGGAUCCGAGACCGGCUCCGUCCUUCCCUCCCAGCUCCGGUGGAGAAUCGGGGCCACCCCCGGGGGUCCGCUCCCCCCCCCAGGCAGGAAGAUCCCAUUGGCCCACAGAAGCACCCAGAGACACCAGCCCCCUUUGUGUGGGGAGGGGUUCGGCCAACCGCUUAGUAGCUCCAAACGGAUGGGACAAAUUCGGGCGUCAAGGCUUCAGGAGAGAGUCGGGUCCUCGGCCGGUUCUUCUUUGGAGGAGGAGAACCCAAAGGAGAACCCCCUGUCCCUCCCCCCCACACACACCCCAGGAAGGACCAGAUCCGCGCCUUCCUUUGGGGUCCCCAUCCGCCUCCAUCUUGCGGGCUGAGAAGCUGGGGAAAUGUGCCGCCGCAGCCUCCAGAUCUAUUACAGUUUUUUGUAUUUUUAAUUUUCCCCCCCCCGCCCCCCCCGGUGUAUAUUGUCCCCACCUGCCGUCUCCUCAGCAGCCCCCCCCCCUCCAGGACGCGACCCAUCCCCUUGUGAUAUAGAGAAAUGUAGAUAUAUAUAGGAGAUUUUAUAUAUGUAUAUAUCUGGGGGUGAACGUGCCGAAGGACCUUGCCUCUGAGGGCUGCCCGCUGCGAAAACGUAAAUCCGCCGGCCUCGUGUGUCGCUCUUGUGUGUGUGUGUUUGUGUGUGUGUGUGUGUAUAUAUAUUUAGUCCCUAAGAUCUGGAAAUGAAAGAGCGAUUCUUGUGGUUAGAAUCUCAAGCUUCUGCCAAACAAGAAAGAAAGAGGUUAAAAAGUCUGUUUCUCUCUCGCUCUCGCUGCAAAUUCUUGCUUCUCAAAUAUAGGGGGCACGGGUAAAUGCAAUUCGCUUCUUGAGUGUGGCGUUUUGGGGCUGCAAGAAAUACGUGUGCAGGCACCCCCCCC